AGUUGUGACAAGCUGACUCUCACCUCUGUAUUCUUGUUAGUCAUUAUUGAAUCCUCUCCAUCCUUCUCUUCUCUUCUCUUUGUUUGGCUGUGCAACAAUGAGUAGAACCAGAAAAAUACACCUCAGUCUUCAAAACCUAUUUAUGUUCAGCCCUCUCUACGUCUCCCUCUUUUUCUGCUACUUUACCAGCCCCAUCUCUAGUGAAUCACUGGCUCCUUACAACCCUAUUGAGAACAUAGCCCUUGACUGUGGCUCCUCUAGCAAUAGUACUGGAAUGAAUAACCGGAUUUGGUUGGCAGACAGUAACUCAAAACCCCAGAAUUUAGCAUUAUCAGUUGUCUCUAAAGCACUUCAACCCUCCACCCAACUUGAUCCAGUUCCCUACAACACAGCACGCCUCUCGCGCUCUGAAUUCACCUACGUCUUCCCAGUCACUUCCGGCAAAAAGUUCAUUCGUUUACACUUUUAUCCAGCUUCCUACACAAAUUUUAAUCGCUCAAAUGCGUUCUUCUCUGUCAAAGUUGGUCUCUUUACCCUCUUAAGAAACUUCAGUGCAGCCCUUACUGCUGACGCUCUUCACUUAGAAGGCUUUUCAAAGGAGUUCUGUGUAAAUGUUGAGGAUGAGAAAACUGAUCUGACUAUAAUUUUCACUCCAAGUCCAGAUGCAUAUGCUUUUAUCAACGGAAUAGAAGUUGUGUCAAUGCCAUCCAAUCUUUAUUACACUGCAAUUGACGACCUAAACGGGUUGAACUUUAUUGGUCAGAAGCAACAUUUCCGCAUUGAAAAUGACAUGGCCCUUGAGACAGAGUACCGUGUAAACGUUGGUGGACAUGCCAUCUCACCCGCUAAAGACACUGGUAUGUACCGGAGCUGGUCGGGUGAUGAUGAUUACUUGGUUGACGUCUUCAGUGGUGUUCAACCUAAUAACCUGUCUAUUCCCUUAAGCUUCAACAAGAUUCAUAAUUAUACAGCCCCAGAGGACGUGUACCGAACCGCUCGGACAAUGGGUAGGUACAAAAACGUUAACAAGCACUAUAAUCUUACUUGGGAGUUUUCUGUGGAUUCUCACUUCUUUUACAUGGUGAGGCUUCAUUUUUGCGAGUUUCAACCAGAAAUUAACGACACUUCUCAGAGAGACUUUUAUAUCUAUAUGGCCAAUCUAACCGCGGACGACCAUGCGGAUGUAAUCGAAUGGAGUGGUGGAAAUGGGGUUCCAAUUUAUAGAGACUAUGUUGUGCCGAUCUUUCAAGGAAAUGGGAAGAAAGUGAACCUCUCCAUCGCACUGCAAGCAAACCCAGCUGAUUGGCAGACUGUUUACAACGAUGCUAUUUUGAACGGGCUGGAAAUCUUCAAAAUCAGCUCCGACGACGAGCAGAGUCUUGCCGGACCCAACCCAGACCCAAGUCCGACAUCAACUACAGUUUCGCCGCCACAACCAUUUAGGAGAAAAAAUAACAGCUCCACAAUAUUUGAAAUAGUUCUGGGUGUGGUUUCCGGCAUAGUCUUAAUCGCUAUCGCCAGUUUCUUCAUUUUCCGGGCGGUCAAGGGCAGAGACUAUGGUGAUGGUGAGAGUUCUUGGCGGGGCCUAUCUACUUUCUACACGAAUACGACCAAGUCAACAAAGACCCGGAGGUCAACAACACUACCUACUGAUUUAUGUCGGUAUUUUUCAGUGGCUGAGAUUAGAGCAGCUACAAACAACUUUGAUAAUGUUUUCAUUAUUGGUGCUGGUGGGUUUGGUAACGUGUAUAAAGGAUACAUUGAUGGUUGGGCCAAGGCCGAUCCUGUUGCCAUCAAACGAUUGAAGCCCGGGUCUCAACAAGGGGCCCAUGAGUUCGAAACCGAGAUUGAGAUGCUAUCUCAACUCCGCCACAUUCAUCUUGUUUCUUUGAUUGGGUAUUGUAACGAUGGCAAUGAGAUGAUCCUUGUGUAUGAUUAUAUGGCCCGUGGGACCCUUCGUGAUCAUCUCUACGGAACUAACAAUCCACCUCUUUCAUGGAAACAACGGCUAGAGAUUUGUAUUGGUGCGGCACAUGGGUUGAAUUACCUUCAUACAGGUGCGCAGCGCAUGAUUAUUCAUCGUGAUGUGAAGACCACAAAUAUCUUAUUGGAUGAGGAAUGGACGGCCAAGGUGUGUGAUUUUGGGUUAUCAAAAUUGGGCCCUACUAGCUUGUCCAAGGCCCACGUCAGCACAGUGGUGAAGGGUAGUUUGGGGUAUUUGGAUCCGGAAUAUUAUCGACGUCAAAAACUGACUGAGAAGUCUGAUGUGUAUUCUUUUGGUGUGGUGCUGUGUGAAGUUGUGUGUGCAAGGCCACCCGUUGCACGUAGAGCAACAAAGGAGAUUGUCAAUCUAGCAGAGUGGGUCCGACAAUGCUAUCGCGAUGGAAAGCUUGAUGAGAUUGUUGAUCCAUUUUUGAAAGGUACAAUUGCAUCAGAAUGUUUGAAGAAAUUUGUUGAGAUCGCGACAGAUUGUUUGCUUGACAAUGGAACCGAACGCCCAUCGAUGAAUGAUGUGCUGUGGGGGCUUGAGUUUGCAUUGCAGUUGCAAGAAAAUGCAGCAGAUGAAGAGGUCAUGCUUAAUGGGGUUGAAAUUGAGAUGAUGGAUGCUGAGAAAGCCCUCAUCCAUAAGUCCACAGUAGAUGAUAGUGGUGACAUGUUCGGUAGUAGCAGUGGACAAGAGUCAAGUACCAAUAGCAACACCAGGGUCACCUUUACGAGCAAGGAAGACCAAAGUUUUGCUAGUUUGGAUUCGGAUAGAUUAAUGUCUGUUGGGGCAGUGUUUUCUGAGAUUUCUAUUCCGAAAGGUCGAUAAAAGAAGGUGCUAGCUGAAUUUUUAGCGUGUCUUAGUAAGUCAUUUUAUUUCACAUAUGGAUUAUGUUUGAUAAGAUUACUACUUUUUAAAUAAGAAUAUAAUUAUUGGCGUU